UUCCUCUGUUCGUACCUCUCAAUUUGUAUCUCUAUUUUCGUCUUUUAUUAUAUUUGAUUUCUCUCGCACAAUAAAAUAAUGCAUUUGGUCAAACGAAUGCGCGAAAAGGUUCCGUCAGAAAAGAAUUAUACACAGCGAUUACGAAGAAGAAUUAGGAAUUAAAGAGAUUAGCGAUGUGGUUUCGCGAGUAACAAGCACGAUUAGUGCAAGUGAGAAUGUUAAUUUGGCGGUAAUAGAUGAUGUUGAUGGAUGAGUGUUGUGUUCGUUUCUUUCUGCAAUUCCCUUCCUUAAGCAAAGCGCAGUAGCUGAAACGAACAAGUGUGAAUCGAACGAACGAACGAACACUACCAGCAUGAACAAGCGGCAACAAGAUGAGCGAAACAUAGCUACCCUCGACUCCAGAUUCAAUCAGACGCUCAGAAAUGUUCAAGGGUUACUCCAAGGUCGAAGCAUGCCCGGUAAAAUAUUAUUGAGCCGUAGGUCAGACCCUCCAGAUAACUCAAACUCAAAGAUAUCCUCACCAGAUUACAGAAGGAGCUUUUCCCACAAUGAUGCUGGCACAAGUAAUCACACAUCUGGGGCAGUAGAGGAGGAAUUUCAGAGUACAAGCAAACCAAUUAGUACUGCCAAUGUCAGUAGGCUAAAAUUGUCAACCUCCUUUGGGGGAAGCCCGCCUGAGGAAAUCCGCAAGUCUACCAUGGGUGCUAGAGCUACAGAUUCUGCUAGAGUUAUGAAGUUCACUACGGUGCUUUCAGGGACAGUGGUUAUAUUAGCCAUUAAGCCUUUUGGAAACCUGGGGUUAUCUACCACGAUAAAAUAUUUCCUCCUUGAAAUCUAUAUUGUAGACAAGUUGCGUGAAUUAGCUUGGAGUGGUGUUCCAGACAAUAUGCGUCCUAAAGUGUGGAGACUUCUGUUGGGAUAUGCACCAACUAAUUCAGAUAGAAGGGAAGGAGUUCUAAGAAGGAAGCGCCUUGAGUAUCUUGACUAUGUUUCUCAAUAUUAUGAUAUUCCUGAUACAGAACGUUCAGAUGAUGAGGUCAACAUGCUUCAUCAGAUUGCCGUUGAUUGUCCCAGAACUGUACCUGAGGUUCCAUUCUUCCAGCAACUGCAUGUUCAGAAAUCAUUGGAACGCAUUCUUUAUGCAUGGGCCAUUCGGCAUCCUGCAAGUGGAUAUGUUCAGGGGAUAAAUGAUCUUGUUACACCAUUUUUGGUUGUUUUCUUGUCAGAACAUUUAGAAGGGGGUAUAGAUAAUUGGUCAAUGUCUGAUUUAUCUUCAGAUAUAAUCUCUAAUAUAGAGGCUGACUGCUACUGGUGCUUGUCAAAAUUGCUUGAUGGUAUGCAAGACCAUUACACAUUUGCUCAACCUGGAAUUCAGAGGCUUGUUUUCAAGUUGAAGGAAUUGGUCAGGAGGAUUGAUGAGCCUGUUUUGCAACACGUGGAGGAUCAGGGACUUGAAUUUCUUCAGUUUGCUUUCCGCUGGUUCAACUGUCUUUUAAUCCGUGAGAUACCAUUCCAUCUAGUCACACGCCUUUGGGACACAUAUCUAGCUGAAGGAGAUGCCUUACCAGAUUUCCUAGUAUAUAUAUCUGCCAGCUUCUUUCUAACAAAAGUGAUUUUUCUUCAAAAAAUUUUCCCGUUAGUGGUCAGACAAUCUCCAGAAACUUGAUUUCCAAGAAUUAGUAUUGUUCCUUCAACACCUUCCAACACAAAACUGGACUCACCAGGAGCUCGAGAUGGUGCUUUCCCGGGCAUUUAUGUGGCACAGCAUGUUCAACAACUCUCCAAACCAUUUAGCUAGCUGAACAUGCAAUUGUGGUUUUCUGAAUUUGGUUCUUUAAUUUUUCCUUUUCUCUGUCUUGCUUUCUAUCACUUCUGCUCUUGCUCGGUGUGUGGCUCUUUUUGUCGAUGAACUAAUUUUUUAACCAAUUUUACUUGCACGUUGCCUUGUAAUAUUUUGUAAAGGAUAGACGAUAAUGAUAGAUAGAGUCUAUUCUUGUUGUAUUAACUAUAUAUUUUUUCAGAACUGCAAUCAAUACCCAGUUUGUGUAUGCAAUUUUUUUAA